CCGCAAACACCCCAGCCAACGAACUCCAAGCGUUCGCGGCGGUCCCCCACCACAACACCAAAACGGACCCAUCUGUGGGAUGACGACGGCGUUGCGGCGUUGUUCCAUCUACGCUACAAGUCCCACUUGGCGCUUCGCUUCGAAUCUAAGAACAACGCUGAGAAGAAGGCUGCCUAUGUCAUGCUUGCUGCUGAGUUGAGCGUGUCCAUGGAGCGAGACAUUUCGGUCGCCUAGAUACAGGACAAGGUACAUAUGUGUGCUUGCAUUUGGUACCAUAAAAAUUUCCAAUUCAUAGUUUACGAAAAUGAAAGCGGCAUGGGUAAUUUCUAAGCCUUCCAGUCCCAGCCAGACUGGGAACGCUGCGUUGUCACCCCUGCCGUUGCAUUACGAUGUGAUGCUGGAGUAUUGGAGCGCGAAAAAGGGGUAUCAGCGAGAAUCGCUGAUGUCGACUGACGUUACAGACGACAAACGCAACGAUUACUCGGACGACAUCGAUAUCAAGGAUGAGCACGAUUUGAAGGAUCAGAGCGAUGAUGAAACAUCGUACGAACGUCGAAAGAAGCGAUCGAAAGUGGUUAAACCCAAGAAACAUAGUGAGGCCUUGGAGGCCGGCUUCUUGGCUCUCAAGGAUGGACUGAUUCACUUGGGGACAUCGCUAGCUGCUGCGCCCACUGUCAGUCACGUGCCAACAACUGGAACGACUAUGGACGAUGUAUUGCGUGCAAUUCAAGGACAGUCCGCGACGAUGGCCAAACUCCUCGCCCAUUUAGUUGCCCAAAAAGAAAAUUGA